AUGACAAGCAGCUUUUCUGCUUGUGUGCUGGCUUUACUGCACUUCUGUCGUUCCUCUGACUCCUAUGAGCCACCGGCAGUGCCUGAUGUUGGAGAUCCAAAGUUUAUUGAGGAAUGUGUGCAAACCCACAACAGAUUCCGGUCUGGAGUGAAUCCGCCAGCCAGCAACAUGCUCUACAUGAGUUGGGAUCCAGAUUUGGCAAAGACUGCGAAAGCUUGGGCAAAGAAAUGCCUGUUUAAACAUAAUACGUACCUCAAAGAUCCAGGACAGGCUCACCCCAAAUUUACCCCCGUUGGAGAAAACCUCUGGACUGGCUCACUUUCUAUUUUUACUGUGCAAGGAGCCAUCACCUCUUGGUACGACGAGGUCAGUGCCUACAAUUAUGCCACCAAUAACUGCAGAGGAGCAUGUGGCCACUAUACACAGAUUGUUUGGGCUACAAGCUACAAGGUUGGCUGUGCUGUCCACUUCUGUCCUCGGGUGGCAUACUCCUCCAUAACCAACGCAGCACACUUCAUCUGCAACUACGGGCCUGCUGGGAAUUACCCGGGGCGCCCGUACAAGACGGGAGCAGCAUGCAGUGACUGCAAUGGUGAGCGGUGCGCGGGCCAGCUGUGCCAAAACACAGAGCGUGAUAAAGUCAUUAGUGAUUCCAGGUGGCAUCCAGACUGGGACAGACCUGCCUGUGACGAGUACUGCAUCACCGUUAUUGUUUUAAGGCUGUUACUCCUGAUACUGACAGUUCUGGCCACCUGGCUCCUACCAAAAUACUGGUCUAUAGCACCUGCCAAUGAGUGA